AUGGCGGAUGGAGAGAUCUGUCUCAUUGAUAAAAACGUAACAAGUUUGUCAGAAGUCCCGCUGAGUGCGAAUGUGAGAUCAUUGAAUCUCCACUGCAAUCGGAUAUCAAAGAUCGAGGGGCUUACAACAGCAUGGCAUCUUCGACACCUCGAUCUGUCGUCAAAUCAGAUAUCUCGUAUUGAGGGACUGGAGUCGCUUGCUUCUUUGCGAACUCUCAACUUGUCAUGUAAUUUAAUAACCAAGGUUGAAGGUCUUGUUGGGCUUGUUAACCUGAUAAGGUUAAACUUGUCUUACAACCAGAUAAGUGACUUAACUGGUCUGUUGUAUCUUCAUGGGACUGAGUACAAAGUAAAACAUCUCAAUCUCCAAUGCAAUCACUUGAACAGCAUGAACCAGCUGUUGCAGUGCAUGCUGGGAUUAAAGAAUUUGAAAGAUGUCACUCUGAGCCUAGACGGUAGCAGCAAUCCAGUCUGUUCCACUCCAGGUUACAGAGAGAUGGUCCUCCAGUCCUUGCCCCAGCUGACUGCCCUGGAUGGGAUUGACCGGCUUGGGAACCAUGUGCCCCUCCUGGAGGAUAGCCCUGUAGACGUCCCCGGGCUGGAGGACUUUGUGGAAUUCCUGCUGUCCUCAGAUACCAGUGUCAAUGCUGAAAAGCCCAAUGCAGAUGCCCCUCUCACCACACCGCGCAUUGAUGAAGCUCUGGCUAAUUUUCGCCAGCGGAUUGGCUCCGGUGGAGUCCCCGGCCCUGCGAGACAGGCUCCAGCCGAAAGCUCGAACUCAGACCUGGACAAACAGACUCACAGAGCUGGUGACAUGCACAACGAGCUACGGAUUAAAAAGCUAGAGCAGCAGGUCUCCCAGCUCUUCCAUCAGACUCCCAGCACUUCCAGCUCCGCCGCCACCCCGAUGCGGAAGGCGAAGAGGGACAUCGACCACACCUCGGAGAGCGAGUGCGAUAGCGGGAAGGAGAACCGCCGCGGAGGGAGCGGCCGCCGCUCCAGGAUACCCACGCACAGGGGGGCCACGGUGACCGCUGGGAAACGGCUGGCCAAAGACGCCAGAUCCAGGAAAACAGACAGCGAUCAGGACACGCCCACAGCCCGCCCGUCUAAGCCUGCAGCCUGCGCUCGGAGGAAGGCAGACCCCCAUGGGCAGGUUCAGGGCGUGGAGCCCGGAGCUGCCGGCAAGAAGGGCCCGAGGGCAAUGGGGAGGACCCCUGGCGUCAUGACGACAAGCCAGACCGAAGAGGAAACCUACAGGGCGAUUAUCGAGGAGCGGGACCAGGAGAGAGAGAGGCGCUGGAAGGCCGAACAGGCUGUGAAGAAGCUGACAGAGCAGAUGCAGCACCUCCAGACACAGGCUAGCGAGGAGAAGGACCUGCAGAAUAUGGCCCUCCACACCACUGACAGGCUGAAGGAGCUGCUCCUGAAGGAGCGUGCGGAGCGGGCGGGGCUGCAGGAGAGGGUGGAGCGGCUGGAGGAGAGAGAGCGGGCCGCCCGGGAGGAGCUGGGACAGGCCCGCAGCCGGGAGGACCAACAGCAGAGGGCGCUGCGGAGCCUGGAGGACAGCAUAUCCCGAGGAGAGGCGCUGAGGGCCCGCCAGCAGGCAGAGGAGAUGAAGAAAAACCAGGAGCUGGAGAACAAGGCCGCUGCACUCAAGAGAGAAGUAGAUAUAUUGAGGACGUCGGCACGGCAACACAAGGACAAAAUGCAGCAACUGCAUGAGCUGCUAGCCUCCAGGGAGCAGAUGCACAGGAAGGAGCUGGAGUCCCGUCUUGUCCCCGGGGGGCCAGAGUUUCGGGAGGCGGUGCAGCGGGAGGCGGUGGCCAUGGAGGAGAGACACGCCCAGCAGCGGGCGGAGCUGCAGGAGAAGGUUGCAGCCGCGAGGCAGCAGUACGUGGAGCUGGAGGAGGAGUUCCGUCUGGCGCUCACCAUCGAGGCCACGCGCUUCGCAGAGGUGAAGGAGGGCUUUGAUCACCUGAGCGUGGAGCUGUCCGAGCACAAGGCCGCCUUGGCCAAGUCCCAGCAGAGGGAGAAGCAGACGGCCACGCUGGUGCAGGACCUGACCGCCAUGGUGAAGGAGCAGAAGAUCCGCAUCGCUGAGCUGGUGAAGUCCAAGAAGGAGGCGGUGUCUGAGCUCAAGGCCCGGACGCGCUCCCUGGAGGCGGGGGCCGAGGAGGACAGGCGGCGGAGCGUCCAGGUGGAGCUGCUGCGGCAGGACAAGGCCAAGCUCCUCUCCCAGCUGACCGCCCAGGAGUCCGUCAUCGAGGGCCUGAGGGCGGAGCGCAGGAUCUGGGGCCAGGAGCUCGCCCAGCAGGGGGCCUCUCUGGCCCAGGACAGGGGUCGGCUGGAGGCCAGGAUCGAAGUGCUGUCCACUGAGCUGGAGACCAUGAAGAAACAGAACGAGAGGGACAACGAUGCACUCAGGAUUAAAGCCAAGAUCGUGGACGACCAGACGGAGACCAUUCGCAAGCUGAAGGAGGCUCUUCAGGAUAGGGAUGAGCAGAUCCGCCGGCUGCGGGAGGAGAACCUGCAGGCCCAGCGGAGGUUCCAGGAGCAGCUGGAGGAGGAGGCGGCGCCCGUGCACGAGCUGAGGGAGAGGGUGGAGCAGCUGAGCAGCAGGAAGGAGGAGCUCAAGCAGCAGCUGGAGGACAAGGAGGCGGAGCUGGAGGAGGUGAAGAGGGCCUACAGUGCCAUGAAUAAGAAGUGGCAGGACAAAGGAGAGCUGCUGACUCGCCUGGAGUCCCAGGUGAAGCGCAUGAAGGAGGGCUUUGAUGCCAAAGAGAAGACUCUCCUGGAGGAGAAGGAGAAAGCCGUCCAAGCGCACAAAGCUGUUGUGGAGAAGCUGCGCACUGUGGACGAUGCCUUCAGGAGCCAGCUGGAAACCGUGCAGGCUUCCCAUCAGGCCGAGCUUUUCCACCUGGCCAAUGAGAAGCAGAAACAGAUAGAGCAGGCCAAUCAAAAGGUGUUGCAGGUUGAAGAGGAGAUGAGACAACUCCUGGAGGAGACGGAGAACACCAAACGGACAAUGGAGGAGAAAAUGAGACGCCUCACAAGAGUACUACAGGAAUUUUAAAUUCUCAGACUUAGGAGUACCACAAGACUUUUAAAUUGUCGGAGGGCUAUCUCACUCCCAGCACCGAAGACUCAAGUUUUGUCAUGGUUGUUGAGGUGUUGCGGUUGGACAAUGGUUGAACAAUCCCCUUUUCAUUUUAACAUGUGCUCUUAUAACAACACCUGUGUGUACUUGAGUUGUAUGACGACAUAGGA